AUGGAAGCCCUGCCACUCGAAUCAACAUCUUCACUAUCGCUGAAACCCGGCAGCGACGUCCAGCUGGUAACUGUCGGCGAUGAGUUCUCUCGAGAAGUUGUUACAAAUAGUCUCGUCUCUGGGUCCCUCAUCCGAAGAGUGACUGCAAUAACAUAUCUAUGCGGCAUGAACAUCACCAGUAGCGCAUCUAACGGUCUUAUAGUCAUUGGCCUUCCUCGACUCACAAAGGAUCUCGAACUACUUCCAUCUCUUGCUUUCUGGCCAUCUUCAGUUCAAGGACUGACCACUGCAUCAACUUUGCUCCUCACGGGCGCUAUCGCUGAUGUUUUAGGACCGCGACCGGUGAAUCUGUCGGGAUGCAUAUUGAAUUGUAUCUUCAUACUUACUUGUGGACUGGUCAAGAAUGGGGAGCAACUUGUUGUCUUACGAGCCUUUCAGGGCAUUGCCACGGCGUUACAUCUGUCUAGUUCCGUGGCCCUUGUGACCCAAGUGCAGCCUCAGGGUCGAGAACGCAACGUAGCCUUUGCGUGCCUAGGAUUAAGCCAGCUGUUAGGUUUCUCAUCUAGCCUCGUUGUGGGCGGCAUAUUGAUCGACACUCUUGGAUGGCGAUCAGGAUGGUAUUUCUGUGGAGGCCUUACCCUGCUACUAUUCGCCAUCGGAUGGUGGGCAUUGCCAAGAGCCGCACGACCCGGCUCGUUACGAAUCACGAUACGAAAUCUGAAAAAGAAAGUCGACUGGGUUGGCGCAUUACUUGCAUCGACAUCCAUAAGUCUACUUACAUACUUUUUGGGCAUCAUCAGCACAGGUAUAGAUCAAGUUCGAUCCCCCCUGGCCCUUGUGCCCUUGAGUCUCAGCAUGGUAGCGACUGCCUUAUUUGUAUACUGGAUGCACUCUCGGGUCAAAAGAAACCGGGUGGCCCUGAUUCCAAAUGGGCUUUGGAAGAAUCUGUCUUUUACCAGCAUCUGCAUCACUGUUGCAUUAUCCUUUGCUGUGUUAAACUCUCUGGAUCUCGUGACGAGUCUUUAUUUCCAAGAAAUCGAGCAUCUCUCGGCUCUUGAAGCGGCUAUUCGCAUGCUUCCAAGCACCGUGGUUGGCCUCGCUCUCAAUAUCACAACGGGUCUUGUGGUCCAUAAGAUCCGCGCAAAUAGGCUCGUCGCUUUCGCGUCGCUCAUUUCUGCUGGCUCUCCCCUUCUUAUGGCUGUCAUCCAGCCGGACUGGCCUUACUGGAAGUGCGCUUUCCCCGCACAGAUCCUGAUGCCUUUCUCUAUCGAUGUUCUUUUCACAAUCGGUCUGAUAAUCAUCACGGAAGUUUUUACUGAGGAACAACAUGCAGUCGCUGGUGCUGUUUUCAACACGGCUGCGCAACUCGGUAACACGAUGGGACUGGCUCUCAUGCAAGUCAUCUCAACCUGGGUCACAAAACAACAGGAGACAGCGAAAUCCUUUACAAAAGCCCUCAUGGAGGGUUACAGAGCGACCUUCUGGGCUAUGUUAGCUUUCUUGCUGGUCUGUAGCAUUGUCGGAGCGAUCGGACUUCGACGGGCAGGCAAAGUUGGGUCAAGGCAUUGUUAA